AUGUCAUUCAUUUUUGGCCGCCGUCGGUCGCAAUCCGAUGUGGCCGCCGACCACGCUGAAGACGAUGCAAGACGACCGACACAAAGACAUCUCAAGUCACUCACAAAAACACGGGAUGAUUCAAAUGAAUCGGGUAUUCUUCAUGGCUUGUUUCGACGACGAAGCGAGAGCGGACUGUCUCCAGAUGCGUCCCCAUCUGCGCAGAAAUCAGUCCAGAUCCGAAACAGCCUAACGCAGCUGCAUACGAAAGACCUGCCACGACGAGCCAGAGACCAGGAACAAAGCGAACAAGCUCGCCGACUAUCGCGGGACUGUUCCACCCCGAGUACCCCAAGAAGCCCCGAGAUAGCGGCAGCAAGGACAUCGCAUAGUGAGCCCAAACAGCCGGGAAACAUCCACGAUUACCUCGAGUAUAGACUGGACCAGUUGAAUCCUCCCUACGAUGACCCCUCGGGUGGCAACGCCCAUCUCUCGCCCAAGUCCAGCCUUACAAAAAAGGAGGUCAAGGCACUUCUGUCAGGGGCGCCGCAUUUCAUGCUCGAGAGAGGCAAGCAUGGCCGUUGGUACCCACAAGUGAUUUUCCCCUGGGAUGAACAUAACCCGUCAAUCCAGCGCAUGUUGGAUCGGAAACCAUUACCCCAUGCAUCUUUCACCCUCUGUACCCUUCAUGGCCAUCUCCCGGUUCCGGAUGAUUGGGCUGUAAAGGGCGGAGUGCCAAUUCCCUUACAAGAUUGGCGUCGAACUGGUGCGCCCAAAAGAGCAACCUUCGACGUCGGCGUAUUUGAAGUGCCCAAUAUGCUGGCCAACAAUGGAAAGGAACCUGGAACCAUUGGGUUUCGGAAUUUUCUUGAGCUCUCAAUUGCCGACGUACAGCAAUAUACGGGCCCCGAGGAGCCUUGCCAAUCCCCCAGCAUGCAGCGGGUUUCCUCCCUUCCGGCCACGGAGGCCUUCGAGUUAAUGGACCACUAUAAUAAACCAUACUCGCAGUGCCUGAGUGGCGCCGUCUUCGACCGCUGCAAACUCAUCCGAGAUGGACCCUCUGCCUGGAAACGGAUUGGGAUCCGCGAUAUCAAUAUGCUGUAUCUUGUACAACGACUCGAUCAGCUACGACAGCUUCGUCUAGAUGUUCUGCGAAAUGGAUCAACAAUCACAGUACUAGAUGUGGAGACACCCAAUGAGUUGCAUAGUAUCCUUCAUACGCACUUUCUCUACCCACACCCGCCACCCGCAGACCUGAUGCCCGGCCAUCCACAUAGCCUAAAAUCGCAGAUAAAAACACUAGCAACAGUCUUAGCCACACCAGGGGCAUGGAUUGAUUUCAGUUUGCCAGAGUGGCGCUUUCGGGCUGGUCAGAUUCUGUGGGAGGUACCACCACAUGCAGAUGGCGACUGCCUUGAUCCUAGCUCAUACGAGGCAGGAACAUCAAAACAACCCUGGAUAAAUUCUGGCGCGGAACGAAAAUGGUUGCUAAUCCAGAUACUCCUGGCUGCAGAGCUGCUCUUUCGUCUUGAUGCCUUUGUUCGUGUUGGUAUGCUCCAUGAUCCCCAUGCUGGUCAGAUCCCGCCGUAUGAGCUCCAACAUUUUGAUAAAUUACGAGAAGGGAAAGUCAACUGGGAUCUUAUAUUUGUUCGCCGUUUUCUUGAUACCCUGGAUAUCUCUUGUGGCAAGGUUCCAUCCACACUGUCACCACUUGAUGGUUCGCCGGUGGCUUCAACGGGCAAGAUGACUAUCAAGUCUCGACGCUUUUCUUUAUUCGAUUCGAUUAGCCGCCGAAUAUACUCAACGUCCAAUUCUGAUGUACUGGGUCCUUGGGAAUAUCAGAUCAGCUCCCAGCAUGUUCGGCAGCAACUCGAAGGGCUAUAUGUUUUUGCGGAGAAUAUUGGAUGGCCAAACAUCGACGCUCUCAGAACAGCUUUUCAAAGACUCUUGAAGGAAGACACCAAUCUAUUUCGUCCCAUCAUCAAUAUUGAUGGUUCUUGCAAGCCAGAAAUUUCCUCCGGCACGCUCUUCAAGAUGCCGCUUGCGAGACAAGAGAUGUACAACCGAAGUAGAUCCCGACGGUGUGUCAAGCUGCGCAGUACACACCCCGACGACCAGGAUUUGCAUGCGAUGGAAAAUCUGGGUUGGAUCUCUCGUAGCUGGCUGUCAGGGCUUGUCAUUCCGGGCGAAGCGAUCAGUCAUCUCUUGAUUGGGACUCUGCUGGAGAACACCCCUGACGCAAUUGAGCGGCUUGGUCCUUUUGUCAAUCUUUACGGGGGCUUUCUCUUUCGUGGUCGAAGUUACUGGAGCAAAGCCAGCAUCGUCGGGCGUGUCUUGUCCGGUCUCGACGGGGCCCAAACCUGCAUGGGGUGGGUUGGGAGCGAUGUGCUCCCGCGCGAUGCCUUCACCUUACAACCGCUGGAGCCCGGAUGGUUUGAGAUUAAGAUGCAAAAAGCGAUGCGUAGUUCAAGUGGAAAAUCACGCAUCAAGCAGGGAGGCAAAUUGGCCUUGGAGUCGACACCGCUCGGCACGGGUGACAUCACGGCGUCAGCGUUUACCCUGCCCGUCGACCCGGCUGCAUCAUCGCCUGCUGCUACAUUGACUACAACGGCGCCGGUCGUGCGCUUGGACAUGUUGACCUUGUCUGUCCGGACUCCCAGCAAGCGAGGGAUCACGAUCAGCGACCAGGCCUCUCUCAGCUUCUCCCUCCGAGCCGGAGACGCCAUUACACUUCUCCCAACUACAAUAUCUUUUCCACUCAAGUAUAAUGUCCGCUUCGUCUCCGCGCAUGAAUGCCGUCCACCCCUUGGCUUCACAUCGCACCAUCACGACUGCUCGGGGGCCGAUGAGGACCCGCCGCAGACGGCGACCUCAAGCUGGGCUCCUUACAAGCGCCUCCCGGGCCACCCUCUUCACCAGUCGUUUCCAUACCGGUACAUCCCGUUCGAGAGCGUUACCCAGUGUCUCCCACCACAGAAAGCGUCGUUGACCCCGAGUUCACUGCCCGAGGUGUUGGUGGUGGAUGCGCGUGGGUGUCGAGCUAAAGAGACUUUUGUGCGGGCGUGGUGUGCGUCAGUUGGCUACCAUGCUCUGAUUGGGCGGGUUGGCAGGACAUGUAUAGCCUGUUGCGUUCGCGAGGCAAAUGCGAUUGAGGUCAUGGUGGUAGUGCGGGUGGGUGAGGGCGUGAGGGCGUGA